UAAAACAAUUACCGCAACCAUGCGCACGGCGAAUCUCAUAUCCUUGGGCUUGUCCAUCGCCUCACUUGCACUACCCAGUUCAGCUAUCGAACUCGACGUUAGCGAUGAAGAUUUGCAGCAACGCACAAAGCAUGUACUAAUGCAUCACANNGCAAGCAUCAAAUCCGCCGCCUCGACCGUCGCUUACGGCAUGAUGAAAUACUACCACGGCAACGAAACCGGCCAAACCAUCGGUCUCCUUCCCUGGCCCUACUACUGGUGGCAUGCUGGCGCCGUCUUCGGCUCACUGAUCGACUACUGGUACUACACAGGCGACACCUCGUACAACGCCAUCACAUCACAAGCACUACUCUUCCAAGCCGGCCCGGACGCAGACUACAUGCCGGAAAACCAGACCAAGUCCGAGGGAAACGACGAUCAAGCUUUCUGGGGCAUGGCCGCCAUGUCUGCCGCCGAACUCAACUUUCCCAAUCCCGAAAAAGGAAAACCGCAAUGGUUGGCUUUGGCGCAAGCGACGUUCAACUCCCAAGCGCUGAGAUGGGAUACAAAGACUUGCGAUGGAGGCUUGCGCUGGCAAAUCUUUACUUUCAACAAUGGCUACAAUUACAAAAACUCCAUUUCCAACGGUGGAUUCUUCAAUCUGGGAGCUAGACUGGCAAUGUAUACCGGUAACACUACCUACUCGGACUGGGCUACCAGGACAUGGGAUUGGAUGCAAGAAGUGGGGCUCAUGACUGAUGAUUACUAUGUCUAUGAUGGCAGUGACACGACCACCAAUUGCAGCGAUCCUAGCAAGAUCCAAUGGACAUACAAUGCAGGUAUCUUCCUGCUGGGUGCGGCGACAAUGUGGAAUAUCACCGGCGAAGAGAUUUGGAGGGAACGCACGAUGGGACUGUGGAAUGCCACGCACGUGUUUUUCACAGACGACAAGGUCAUGUACGAAGUCGCCUGCGAACCCGGCGGUAACUGCAACGUCGAUCAACACACCUUCAAAGCCUACCUCGCCCGCUGGAUGGCCGCCUCCACCAAAGUCGCACCUUUCCUCUCCGCCCUCGUGCAACCCUACCUCGCGGCUUCCGCAACAGCAGCAGCAGCCUCUUGUUCCGGCGGCACCGACGGCGUCACCUGCGGCACAAAAUGGUUCUCCAACACCUCCAACCCCACCGUAACCUGGGACAACACAUGGGGCGUAGGCCAACAACUGUGCGCUUUGGAGGUCAUCCAAAGCAAUCUUAUCAAUACAGUUCAAGGGCCUCUGACCAACAAGACUGGAGGCACUAGUCAAGGAGACGAUGCGGCGGGGAGUACUGGGGACAAGGACCCGAAUCACAAGAGUAAAAUUACGCAAGCUGAUAGGGCUGGUGCGGUCAUCUUGACGAUUUUGGUGUUGGCCGGGUGGAUUGGGGGUAUGAUUUGGUUGAUUAUU